CUACGGUCUACAUUGUCUCGGCGGGUGAACGAGGACGCAGUUUUUGACGCCCUCCAAGCUCUGUUCCAUUCCGAGUACCUGCUAAUGGCGGAGUAUGUGGAAUUCGCUCUUCCGAUCCUCUACGCGGCGUAUCUGGCGGCCAUUUUCCAUCUACCUGUUGCAUCUUACUACCCGCAAACCAUGUCACUGACUUCUCAGAGCUUGGCAAGGACUGUGGCUACCAUUGUAGCCUACGCAGCGGGUGAAUUUGUUGGAUUCGUAGUACUUCUCUUCCUCUUGUGGCGGAAGUUUGGAAUUUCACCAUUGCACCAGCGAGCGUUUGCCUUCGAAACGCAGGCUUGGGCUCUACAAGGC